GAAGGGAGGGGAGGUGACAGCCCUGCCAGUAUGUUCUAUAUAUAAAGACUUGAGCAUACAGGAGUCUAAAGCUAACUAUCCUGGCAUUACUUCAAAGCUCCUGAUGAAAAACACAUGACUAAAGUCUUAACAAUGCCUUUUCAAACUUAGUCCCGCAGACCUACAGAUGGUGUGAUCACUCAGAGAGUCAAGAGCUCUUUACUAAAACCGAACCUCGCACCCUUACAGUGGAAAUUUUCCGUUGGUGGGGGUGUUGUGAGGACCACUUUUUUUUUUCCUUUUUUUCCCGGAGAGAGAGGGUGAUGCUGUUCUCCAUUCACUGGGAAUGUAUUGACUGAGGAUCCAACUCUCAGCCUUCCAGCUGGAUCCUGCUGCUGCUCUGCUCACUGUGUGGGGUUUAAACCAGGACAUAAGCACACCUGACAGCUGAGCUCUCCCUGGCUGCUGUUUAACCACUGUUACAAUAAAACCAUGAGGAUCUUCCUCCUGCUUUGCCUGCUGGCGCUAGGCAAUGCCAAACCCUACGAACCAAUCAACGUUAUGGACUACAUGAAAAACUAUGACAUCAUGAUGGCAGAUGCAGAUGACGACGAUGAUGAUGAUGACAACGAUGAUGAUGACAAUGAUGACAAUGAUGACUACGACGAUGAAGACUGUCCAGCUAAUUGCCACUGCUCACCCAGAGUGGUGCAGUGCUCUGACCAGGGUCUGAUAUCUGUUCCUGAGAAGAUUCCCGAAGACACAGUGAUGAUUGACCUCCAAAACAAUGAUAUCACUGAAAUCAAGGAGGAUGACUUUAAAGGCCUCUACAAGCUUUAUGGGCUGUUUCUGAUCAACAACAAGAUCUCUAAGAUUCACCCAAAGGCCUUCAGAAACAUGGACCAUCUCAGACUGCUGUAUCUGUCCUACAACCUGCUCACUGAGAUCCCUGCAAAUCUGCCUCCCAAUGUCAUUGAGCUCCGCUUUCAUGAAAACCAGAUCAACAAAAUCCAGAAGGACGCAUUUAAGGGCUUGAGGAAACUUCACGUGUUGGAGCUGGGGGCCAAUCCUCUGGCCAACAGUGGAAUCGAGCCAGGAGCUUUUAAUGGCCUGUCGACUCUGUAUAUCGGUAUAGCAGAAGCCAGACUAACCACCAUACCAAAAGAUUUCCCAUCCUCCAUUACAGACAUGAGCCUGGACUACAACAAGAUCUCUAAGGUGGAAAUAGAAGACUUCAUCAGAUAUAAAAACUUACAGAGGCUAGGACUAGCUUUUAACCAGAUCAAGUAUGUUGAAAAUGGCAGCCUUGCCAACAUCCCAAAAAUCCGUGAGGUCUACAUGGACAACAACCGUCUGAGAAAGGUCCCGCCUGGCCUCAGCUCCCUGCGCUACCUCCAGGUAAUUUUCCUCCACGGCAACAAAAUCAGCAGCGUGGGAGUCAACGACUUCUGUCCCCUCAGGACCGACGCCAAGAAGAACCUGUACACAGGCAUCAGUCUGUUUGCCAACCCUGUUAAAUACUGGGCCAUACAGCCGGCUACCUUUCGCUGUGUGACCGGACGGAGGGGUGUUCAGCUUGGAAACUUCAGAAAGUAGUAGGGGGAGAAAGACCUGCCUCCAGAAAAGAAAAUAUAAGGACAUAGCUGGAAAUAAUUCUAAUGGGUUAAAAACAGAUGAAAACGGUCCUCCUAAAGCAUUAACCGUUUAAAAAAUAAUAAUAAUAAUAAUAAAAAAGAUAAAUUUUCAUUGAUGUAUAUUUGAACCUGUAGCACACGAUGAAUGCUGGUACUAUUUACACUCGUUGAAAAUGAAGAUGAAAUUAUAAGCUAUCACACUAGGAAAUGUUUUCAGCAGUUACAGACAUCAUGCAGGAGCUGGGUGUAAGAGAAUGAAGACCAUUACAAUAAAAUUAAUAAAAACAAAACAAGAGCCCUGCUCACCUUUGUAAGGUGCAUAAGGGGAUGCUAAGCUUUUGCCCCAUAAUUUCUACUUUGUAAACUUUCCUAGGAAUAUAGCGCCUCCCUCUGCUCACUUUUUGAGCAAAAAAAAAAAAAAAAAAAAAAAAAAAAAAUCACCCGAUGACAUGAGUGGUAUUACAUGGUGAUGUAUUGUUUAAACAAACCCUUUCUUUCAAGUUUUAAAAUAAUAAGUAAUGUUUAAUGAGAUGUAGAUGAGUAGAAAAUAGUGUUUCAGUCUUUGUAAUACUUAUAAAAACAAACAAAAAAAAAACUUGAUUUUUAAAAAAUUUUCUUUACAUAUUAUGUUUUUUUUUUUUUUUUAAUUAGACAUAAUUAUCGUAGAAGAGUCACUAAAGGCCACUAACAGGAGCUGAAAAGCUGCACCUAAACUGAAAUAUAUUUUCCUUCCAGCAGAAGUCUGUACGGUCAGUGGUGCUGGCAUUAUGAAGUGCAAUAAGUCACUUUGAAGCCCCAUGUCUGUGGAUAUUUUACAUUAUCUCAAUGCAUGUUUGUUAUGUUUUUAUUUAGAAGCUGAAAUCCUAAUGUCAGACUGGAUUAUACAUCGUUCUUGAUGCAAAUACGUCCUCUGCAGGACUGGGGAUAUACUGAUUAUCUGUAACUAAUGUAUAAAUUUACCCUGAAGUCCCCCUGUUUAAGAGAACUAUAGCAUCCAUGUGAAGUACAGUUAAUAGUAAAAGAAUAAGCAGAUAGAAUAAUUCCUAACCUGGAAUAUCUGAGAGCAUCUCAUGAUCAAACAUGUUGCUGUUUUCUCCAAUGGUCUCUGAUCUGAAAUGGUGCUAUAUUUAUUGAGGAUGUCGCUAAAUAAAACUGGAACACGUC